CGCCGAGGAACGCCGGAGGGCCGGGCCGCGCCAUUCCCGGAUCCGCCGGCUGGGAAUCGCUGGUCCCCAGCGCGUCCUGCAGCGCUUCCCGCGCCGCGCCCCCAGCCCGGUGCGCCGGCUCUGUGCGCGGGUGCCUGGGCGGUCGGGAGAAUGAGCCGCAUCUACCACGACGGCGCGCUUCGGAACAAGGCGGUGCAGAGCGUCCGGCUACCAGGGGCCUGGGACCCCUCCGCCCACCAGGGGGGAGAUGGUGUCCUGCUGGAGGGAGAACUGAUCGAUGUAUCUCGGCACAGCAUCUUGGACGCUCAUGGCAGGAAGGAGCGCUACUAUGUGCUGUAUAUCCGGCCCGGUCACAUCCAUCGCCGUAAAUUCGACGCCAAGGGAAAUGAAAUCGAGCCCAACUUCAGCGCCACCAGGAAGGUGAACACGGGCUUCCUCAUGUCAUCCUACAAGGUGGAAGCCAAGGGGAACACUGACAGGCUCACGCCCGAGGCGCUGAAGGGGCUGGUCAACAAGCCAGAGCUGCUGGCACUGACAGAGAGCCUCACCCCUGACCACACAGUGGCGUUCUGGAUGCCCGAGUCGGAGAUGGAGGCAAUGGAGCUCGAGCUGGGGGCCGGGGUACGGCUGAAGACUCGGGGCGAUGGCCCCUUCCUGGAUUCACUGGCCAAACUUGAGGCUGGAACAGUGACAAAGUGUAAUUUCGCUGGUGAUGGAAAGACAGGGGCAUCCUGGACAGACAACAUCAUGGCCCAAAAGUGUUCGGAGAGGGCUGCAGCGGAGAUCCGAGAGCAGGGGGACGGGGCAGAGGACGAGGAGUGGCCAGAAGAAAUUCAACAGCAGAUUGUUCGAGAGACUUUCCAUUUAGUCCUCAAGCGGGAUGACAACAUCUGUAACUUCUUGGAGGGUGGAAGUUUGAUUGGUGGCUCUGACUACAAACUGAUCUACCGACACUAUGCUACCCUCUACUUUGUAUUUUGUGUGGAUUCCUCAGAGAGUGAACUUGGAAUCUUGGACCUCAUCCAGGUUUUUGUGGAAACUCUGGAUAAGUGUUUCGAAAAUGUGUGUGAAUUGGAUUUGAUCUUCCAUAUGGAUAAGGUGCACUACAUCCUCCAGGAGGUGGUUAUGGGUGGGAUGGUGUUGGAAACAAACAUGAAUGAAAUCGUGGCUCAGAUUGAAGCUCAAAACAGGCUGGAGAAAUCCGAGGGUGGCCUUUCAGCAGCCCCUGCGCGGGCUGUGUCUGCUGUGAAAAACAUCAACCUGCCAGAGAUUCCUCGGAACAUCAACAUUGGCGAUCUCAACAUCAAAGUUCCCAACCUGUCCCAGUUUGUCUGAGGGUCAAGGAUUGGGCUGAAAUAGAGUCCUUAAGACAAGCAAAGACAAGCACGUCUGGAAACAGAACCCAUUUUGAGCCAUAGAAGAGUCAAGCCUCAGGACCUGGAACCUUUGUGUCUGGGGAAGACUGUUUGGCAUGGAAUGGGGAAGGGAUUCCUAUUGACACUGCUUGGGUGUGCCCAGUUCUCACAUGUGCAGCCAUGCCGUUCUCUGAUGCACACGGCCGCUGCAGAUGUGAGGGGCCCUGCCUUCCUCAGCAGGGAGUCAGCAUGCCCAAGCCACUCGCACCUUUACCUUACACACGGACACUCCCAAGGGUUAGGGACUGCAUUGAGCAGACCUACCUGCUUCCCAGAACCUCCUCACUAGGGCUGAGCACCUUCUCUGACUGGAGUCUUCAUCCUUAGCACCACAGACUUCUGAGGUCCCAUGGCCUUUACUUGCUGCUGAGGUGUCAUAGGUAGAAAUGGGCUGGCCCUUCAGAUUUGGGGGUGUGGUGAGUGGCAAGUAAGGGCAGAAUUUUAGAAGAACCAGAG